AUGAAUUCGAAAAAUGAGGCACAUAUUGAAGUCUUUACAUACGAACAUAAAGCAAAGCACUCGGUCAACAAUUUCAAUAUCAAACGAAGCUUCAAUCCUUUCAUUACCGAUAAAUAUUUAGUGAAGUUUUCACAGCCGAAGAUGAAUUUUGAAUGUCAUCCUGGUCCGAUUAAUGCAUCGGUGUUGUUCUUGGGCAACAAUCACCGUGCUUUUGAGGUAUUCAAAAAUCCAACAGCGUAUGAUGUGCCAUUAAAUAUUAGACGAUCAGAUCGAACGUUCUGGCAACAUAUGAAAGAAAAUCCGGUUAGUGGAAGGGUAGAAGGUUUAAUACAUGCAGCAGGAUUCAGCGGGAUACUGCAAAUUGGGUACAAGUAUGUUGACCACGCGUUAAUAACUGCGUUGGUUGAGAGAUGGAGGCCAGAAACUCACACGUUUCACCUUCCUUUUGGAGAAACGACCGUGACAUUACAGGAUGUCAACGUGUUGUGGGGGCUACCGAUAGAUGGGUUGCCUAUUUCUGGGGCUGACACUGGUAUGUCGAUGUAUACUGUACGAGACAAGUGUCAAACGGUGUUGGGGUUUACCCCUGAGGAAGCUCAUGUGAAGGGCAAAAGGGUUAUGUCCUCCCGAGUUUUAGCACAAAUAACGUCAUCCAAUUUUUCUGAAAAUGAAGCAUCAGAUGAAGAUUGCAUUUUUCGUGCACGUCAAAUAAUAUUUUAUUUGAUAGGGUGCACAAUCUUUCCUGAUAAUGCAAACAACCUGAUUGAUGUCAAAUUUUUAGAAUUUCUGGUAGACUUGCCCGCAUGUUCGGGAUAUAGUUGGGGCGGUGCUGUGUUAGCUCUCCUUUACAAAAACCUUUGUAAUGCUACAACACCUAAUGCUAUAGCCAUUACUGGCCCAGUUGCGCUUCUACAAGUGUGGGCUUGGGAGAGGUUUCGUUGUUUUGCUCCUGCUAUUGCCCGGUUCCAGUACAAUGCCCCGUUAGCUGCUCGGUAG